CACAUUUGAUCCAUCAUUCUCUCCCUUAUCAAGCUUGUUCUUACUUCAAACCACUAUCCCACCUCCCACCAAACCCUCCAAACAUACAUUUACCCUGUAAAGCACAACAUCCAAAACGGAACUUCUUCCUGCAACCAAAAGCCAAUGCGAAGUCCAAGCCAAAGCCUCCAAAAUUUAAAGCAUUAAAUAAGAAGAGAAGAAGAGAAGAAGAGAAGAACACAACACGAUCAAAUAUUGCUUGUUUCCAUCGCUCAAUUUCCCUGGAAAUCACAAACUGAUAAAUGAAUUAAAUCCUCCUCAACCAAAUACCUUUCGAAAUUCAACUAUUUCGGGGAAACGGGAUUCAAUUUCGUCAUUCAGAAAUAUUCCCAGAGAUUUACGAAAUUCGCGACAUUUUUAUCCUCCCUUACAGACCCAAAACCCUGGGAAAAUCUUCCAUGAUAUCGACGAGGCUGAGCAACCCACAAUUGUCAGCAACCUCCUCAUUUCACCCCUUUGAACGACAUUGGUCUCGAUAUCGAUAUAUCAACUACCUCCAAACGUAGCGCCAAAUCUAGAAAAGCAUCCCGGCUAUUGCUCCAUCACUACCUCUCACUUCAGAUACUUCGACUAUAUCAUCUCCCUUCAUUCAUCACGAUGAAGGGUCGACCUACGAGGAUGCCUCUCAUCAACUCCGGUUUUCCAUCUCGUGCGACUCCUGAUAUAGGUGACGAUUCGCAUUCAUCUACAAGUAAUUCCCCCGCGCGUGCCGAUUAUGAAGAAUCCGAUUUCUUCGCUGGAAACAACGAUUCGCAAUCUUCGAUCGGCGUACCAACUUUUCAGGACAUGGCUGUUACAGAGACAUGUAUAUCCGCAUCCAAUAGACUACCCGCAGAAGUUCUCAUCAACAUAUUCUCAAAACUCACCCAUCCAAACGAUAUUCUAUCUUGCAUGCGAGUAUGUAAGAAGUGGGCUAGGAACAGUGUGGAUUUAUUAUGGCAUCGACCGGCAUGUUCGACAUUUCCGAAACUCGGGCAUAUCUGUAAUACACUUACCUUGGAAAACCCCUACUUUGCAUAUCGAGAUUUCAUCAAAAGAUUAAAUUUGGCAGUUUUAGCGGAUCGCGUCAGUGAUGGAACUGUUCGACCUCUUUCCGUAUGCACAAAGGUGGAAAGAUUAACAUUGACCAACUGCGAGGGUAUCUCAGAUAGUGGAUUGACCGAAUUAAUUACCGAUAACAGUCACUUACUUGCUCUUGAUAUUUCUGGAGUGAAACAAAUUACCGACACUUCCAUGUUCACUUUGGCGGAGCAUUGUCGCCGAUUACAAGGUCUAAACAUAUCGCAGUGCGUUGGAAUUACUUCUGAAUCGAUGGUGAAAGUGGCGGAGAGUUGUCGUCACCUCAAACGGCUCAAGCUGAAUGAAUGUGAGCAACUAGACGACAGGGCGAUCAUGGCAUUUGCUCAAAAUUGCCGUAACAUCCUCGAAAUCGAUCUCCACCAAUGUAAAAAUAUCGGAAACGACCCGGUAACUAAUCUCAUCACACAUGGAAAUGCUCUUCGGGAACUUCGAUUGGCAAAUUGUGAAUUGAUUACCGACUCGGCAUUCCUUAACCUACCUCACAAAGCGACAUACGAUCAUUUACGAAUAUUAGAUCUUACAAGUUGUCAUCGACUCACAGAUGCUGCUGUUGAGAAGAUUAUAGCUGUUGCUCCAAGAUUAAGGAAUUUAGUCUUCGCAAAAUGUAGGCUCUUGACGGACCACGCCGUUCAUUCCAUUAGCAGGCUGGGAAAAAACCUUCACUACCUUCAUCUUGGACAUUGCGGACAAAUUACUGAUGCUGCUGUCAUUAAACUUGUUCAAGCAUGCAAUCGGAUUCGUUACAUCGAUCUAGGUUGUUGUGUUCACCUCACAGACUUAUCCGUCACAAAGCUAGCUACUCUCCCCAAACUAAGGCGUAUCGGGUUGGUUAAGUGUGUAAAUAUCACCGAUGAAAGUGUUAUAGCAUUGGCCGUCGCACAAAAACAACGACAAUUAGCUCACCGAGGACAUCAUAUUGAUGAACCAGCCUAUAGUGGGAGUUGUCUCGAAAGAGUACAUCUUAGCUAUUGUGCUAAUCUAACACUCCAAAGUAUAAUAUUACUACUUAGAAAUUGUUCGAAAUUAACACAUCUGAGUUUGACUGGUGUUCACGCUUUUCUUCGAAGUGAUCUCGAACAAUUUUGUAGAGAGGCUCCCGCAGAAUUUACCGAACAUCAACGCAAUGUAUUUUGUGUCUUUUCUGGACCUGGUGUGAAUGGUCUACGCAAUUUUUUAACACGAGAUUUAACUAUGGAGUUGAAUCAAGUAGCUCCUGAGGACGAAGGAGCCCUUUCCAUUGAAGAGGUUGCGAAUUUACAACAGCCUCUGGGGGCUCAAGAUGACCAGAUAAUGUCUGGAAUGAUGAAUGCUACUGCAUUAAAUCCCGAUGAAAAUGACGGUGAUGACGACGAGGUGUUGGAUGCAGUAUUUCCUUAAUACUCGUUCGACCUACCACGUAACCCAGUAUCUUAUAGCACUUCAUACGCUAUCACUUUAAGGAUAUUAAACAUACGAUACACUCUAAAUAGAGGUCAGGGAACGUAUAUCGAUAUAUCCAAUCAUUGGGAAAUGGAGUUAAGGAGUGGGCAGGGAAUAGUUAAUGGACGUACAUACCCAAUUCAUUACGAAUCGUCUUUCGCAUAUCUGUCGGUUUUUGGAAGGGAAUGAAUGAAUGAAUCAAUACAUGGAGGUUGUCUUCAUGAUACAUAGAUAUCUUUUCAACAAGCGAGGGGGCGAUGGGAUUGUAAAGGCGUAGUAUUUGUAUAUACGCAUUUCUUGGCGCUUUGGGUGAUGAUGAAUCGUGGAUUUGGUGGAAGGCUUUUUGUUUUUUUGCUAAGGAGGGGUGCAAUAUGGAAUGGAAUGGACUUUAUACGAGGGUAUGGGUGGAGGGACAGUUCUAUAAUAUCAACCAAUCAAUCAACCGUUUCGCGAGUGGUUUACCUCGAGAUUCGCUAGUAUUGUAGAUGGUAUUGAUUGGGUGGAAUAUCUUGUGUCUAGAUAAAAGACGUACCGAUCCGAUGAGUGGUGAUGCGGAUUGCCUAGCUGUCUCAUUAAUGAAUGUUGAGAUUUUUAUCUGGACAGGUAAUCGUCAUGGCUAGAGAGAGUGGAAUUGACUGGGUGGGUGGAUUGUAAUGUGGUAGGAUGGGUACGAGUACUUAGUAGAAUAUGAUAUUAUGCUAUGCUAUUGGUUCCGUUUAUUUUGAUUCAACGUGAUGAUAUGAUAGGUAGCCGUUUGAUUUUUUAUUUU